AUGGAAACUGGGGAAUAUUAUGAACGUAUAUCUACCAACGACCACUAUUACAGCACAGCACCACAGUCCGCGUUUGUUGACUCGGUUCUGGAAGAAAACGAAAGGCUUCGCGAAGAAAUCGACCAUGUGAGGCAGCAGAUGGAACAGAUGUCACUCAAACAGCGUUUUGGGCUGCAGCGAUUUACAGGUUCUGACAGUGACAUCCGUUUCUACACCAGGUUUUCAUCUUAUGAUCAUCUGAUGCGGUUUUGGCAGGUGAUUGAACCACCACUGAGAUUCAUGGUUCGGGUAACCAGAACAGGAACUGCAAACGUUGAAUCUGAAAAGCAAAGUGCUUCCAUGUCCUUACAGGCAAUAGAUGAACUGUUCCUCUUCCUGAACUACCUUGCCCUUGGUCUGAAGCAGAGGGACCUAGCUGAGCGGUAUGGGGUGCAUCAGUCUACUGUAAGCAGAAUCAUUCUGACCUGGAGCAAUUUUCUGUUCUCUGUUCUUGGUUCACAAUGCAUUUGGAUGACUCAAGACAAAAUUAAGGAACACUUGCCAUCAGAGUUUGAAGACUACCCAGACACCACCACAAUUCUGGACUGCACAGAGCUCCGGUGUCAAACACCCUCCUCCCCUUUACUUCAGAGUGAGGUAUACUCAAACUAUAAGUCCCACUGUACCCUGAAGGGAAUGAUUGGCAUGGCCCCCCAUGGCGCUGUAACCUUUGUUUCCUCCCUUUUUGCCGGCUCAGUAAGUGACAAACAGAUCUUUGUAGAGUCAGGUAUUCUUACUCUGCUUAGGCCAGAUAUGGCAAUUAUGGUCGACAGAGGCUUCCUUGUGGCUGAAGUGUACAGGCCAGCAUUCCUCGCUGGGAGACCUCAGAUGCCAAAGCACGAGUCAUCCCCUUAA